AUGGCUGCUCUGUCCGUGUUCUCAGUCGCGCUGCUGAGUCUUAUCUCUCUGAGUGCGUGCAUUUUUCAUUCAUCAGCGAAAAGUGCGAAAGCCUAUGUGUAUUUCGCUGAAAAAAACCCCACUCAAUUGGAUCUGUGCGGCGUGCUUAACUUCCAACAAAUCGGCCAGCUCGGCGGAGUAAGGAUAACCGGAACUUUGAAAGGACUAACACCCGGUAAACACGGUUUCCAUGUACACGAACGUGGUGAUAUUGGGAACGGAUGCCUAGACGCUGGUGGACACUACAAUCCACUAAGACAACUUCAUGGUGGUCCAAACGACCUUCGAAGGCAUGUCGGUGAUCUAGGAAACAUCAUCGCCAACGAAAAUGGAGAGGUAACGCUCGAUGAAACAUAUGAUGAUCUUACUCUGAGUGGACCUCACUCAAUCAUUGGUCGUGCCAUAGUAAUUCACGAGGGAGCGGAUGAUCUUGGCAAAGGCGGUGAUAAAGGUAGUAUGACCACGGGCAAUGCAGGUCCUCGUGUUGCGUGCGGAGUUAUUGCAAUCGCGGUAAGUUUCGGUGCUUUAUCGCGAUGA